AUGCUUCGUCACUCGUUUCUCUUUUUCAAGGUCUCCCGUGCAUGGCCAAAGGGGUACCCCAGCGUGGCGGCCUCGCACUUCCGAGAGGGCCUCCGCCCCUCGCCGGGCGUGGUCGACCCCGCCCAGCAACGCGACGCCAACACCUCCGCCAAGGAGCAGCGAAGCUGGACGCUCACCGAGGAGGAGGCCUCCCACCUUGGAGGCUUCUCUUCGCACCAAUCCCCCCCUUUUCCCUCCUCCCCCGCCCCUCCACAGGCGCUGCAUCGCCUGACGAAUCGCGUUCGAGCCUACGCGAACCUCGUGCGAUGGGAUCGGCCGCAGGGGUGGCAGCUGCUCUUCCUCCCCUGUGCUUGGGGGGUGACGCUUGCCGUCACGCGCGCGAUGGUCUGGGAAGGGGCGGACCCGUUGGUGCUUUUUGCGCCCUUUUUUCCUAUCCAUCUCGGGAUUGCCUUCUUGGCCGGGGCCUACUUCAUGCGGAGUGCGGGGUGCAUCGUGAAUGACAUGUGGGAUCGCAAGAUCGAUGCGAUGAUGGAGCGCACCAAAGGGCGCCCCCUCGCCAGCGGGGAGGUCUCCACACGGGAGGCGGUUUAUCUGCUGAUCGGCCACCUCAUUGGGGGGGCGGCGGUCGCCGUGAAUCUCUCGCCGGCGGCCCUCACCUUAGCCUUGGCGGUCACCCCGAUCUGGGUGAUCUACCCUUUUAUGAAACGCGUGACGUACAUGCCGCAGGUGGUGCUGGGGUUGUGCUUUAAUUGGGGGAUUUUUGUCGGUUACGCGGCGGUGUUGGGGAAGGUGGAUUGGGCGGUAUGCUUGCCCGCCUAUGUCGCCGCCGUCGCGUGGACGGUGUUGUACGAUACCAUUUAUGGCUACCAAGAUCGCGAGGAUGAUAUCAAGUGCGGGGUGAAAGGGUUGGCCGUGCUGAUUGGCAAUCGAAAGUACAUCCUGCAAGCCUUGCUGAUACCCAUAGCGACCGGCCUGCUGCUCUCGGGGUUUAUGGUUUCCCAGUCGCUGCCUUACUACUUUGGUGUGAUGAUCUGCGUGUACUACCUCCAUGUCAUUCUUGACAAUGUCAAUAUCUUUGAUCGGUGGUCCUGCGCGCAGUUUUUUAAACGCAACGUUCGCUUUGCGGUGUACGUCCUCCUGUCGAUGUUCCUUGGCAACCUGAUGUGGGCCUACGCGUCGGAACACGAGACGGAUAAAGACGCCAAUACCAAUUCUGUCGAAGCGGAGUCAUCCCUAUCUCGCUUUCUCUUCCUGGAUCAACGGAAGCAGCCGCGGCUGUACAAUUCAGACAGCUUUAAUUGGUUCGACCGCGUGGUGCAUCCGGUCUUCGUGCAGGCUGAGGUCGCCAAGAUCUCGGGCGAGACGGAUCCACCACCGGUUCCCGCGUGGAUGCGGCGGGAGUACGUUGGUGAUAAUAUGACCAUGAUCAUGCGUUUUUGCGGAAUUCCAGAAGAAACCAUAUCGACAUGGCUCAAGUGGUGGUAUUCCACCAUGGAUCAUUACAAUGUGUUUUCAAAACUGGUGAUUUAA